AUGACCCGACGUGCAGUUCAACCUCAGUCCGAGGCUCUACCAAAGCGCGUCUUCUCAAUAGGAUUUGGCAUCGCUAUACGGACUGGAGGUGAAGAUGACAAUACAUCCCCGUCUAACGACGCCAAGGAGCGAGUCUUCGCCAUCGUUACCACAGGCCUACUAAUCCCCGGCGACGGACGACCUAUCAAAGACGCGGCCCUAGUAAUUGAAAAUAAGCUCAUCGCAUGGGUCGGCUUGCAAUCAGACCUACCAUCACGAUUUACCGAAGUGCCGCACAAAUUAUACUCGGUGCCAUAUUUAAUGCCUGGCCUCUGGGAUUGCCACGCGCACUUCGGCGGGGAGAGCGAGGAGGAGAAAAACGACUACUUGCCCAUCAUUAGCGAACACCCGGCGGCAGCCGGCGCGCGCCUCGCUAAAGGGUGCUGGGAGGCGUUGCAACGGGGGUAUACCUCGUUGCGCGACUUAGCAGGGUACGGGUGCGAAGUCUCACGCGCUAUUGAAGACGGGACGAUCGUGGGGCCGAACGUUUAUAGCGCGGGCUCAUGUCUCAGCCAGACGGCUGGGCAUGGGGAUGUGUUUGCACUACCGGCAGGGGACGUGCUUUUGAAUCUUGGCGUGUCGAGCGUGUCUGCGGGGCAGUUCGGGGCUGGCACGUCGAUCAUAGCGGACGGUGUAGAUGAGUGCCGAAGAGCUGUGCGUUUGCAGAUCCGGCGUGGAGCGCGGGUUAUCAAGGUGAUGGCAUCGGGGGGUGUGAUGUCACGAGAUGAUGACCCAUUAUGCGCGCAGUUCAGUCAUGAGGAGCUGCGGACUAUUGUCGAAGAGGCGGCGCGACAGAAUCGUGUUGUGGCCGCCCAUGUUCACGGGAAGCCGGGUAUCUUGGCAGCCGUCAAUUCAGGCGUUGCGUCUGUGGAACAUGUGUCGUUUGCGGAUGAAGAAUGCAUCGACCUGAUCAAGGAGAAAGGCGUUGUGUAUGUUGCCACACGUACCAUUGUUGAACUACUGCUGCAGUCAGGUGGAAAGGGUUUAUCACGGCAGCAGUGGGAGAAGGCACAACUAUGUGGAAAAAAUAGUUUCGUCGCCUACAAGUUAGCUGUUAAGGCGGGCGUACCAAUUGCUUUAGGGACUGAUACAGCACCGGGGUUCAAUAUGGCCAUGGAACUGGACUACGCUGUGCAAGCCGGCUUGAGCAAUCUAGAGGCGAUCAAGGCCGCGACAGCCAACGGUCCAUUGACUGUGAAGGGGCAGGCUCCCAAGACGGGCCAGUUAAAAGUUGGAUAUGAGGCCGAUAUCCUUGGCUUAUUGAAAAAUCCGGUCGAUGACGUGAAGGUAUUGCAAGAAAAGGCGACCAUUGGGUGGGUAUGGAAGGGCGGAAAGAUUUAUAAGGGCCCGGGCGUAGGCCCUUGGGGAGAAGAAUCAUAA